AUGAGGAUGGCAACUUUACUGGCCUGGUUUCUAGCAAUGCUUCCGCUAGUGGGGUGCAAGAGUGACAGGUGCGGCAUCUGCCAUCCAUACUCUCCGUAUCACAAGUAUCAUCAGCUAGGAGACCUUAUGGUUGGUGGAAUUGCUUCUCAAGCAGGCAUUGUCUCCAAUGAAAUCUUCUUCACUGAAGCCCUGCAACCAGUAUUGCCUGGGGAUUAUAUUCUAAUACCUAAGAAUUACCAGCACAUCCUGGCCUUGGCAUUUGCAGUAAAGGAGAUCAAUGAAAGCCCAGAGAUCUUACCCAAUCUCACCUUGGGCUUCCUCAUUUAUGACAGCUAUGACAAUGCCCAGAGGACUUAUCAAGCCACCAUGUUACUUUUAUCAUCAAUGGAGACACUGAUUCCCAACUACCAGUGUAACAUCCAUAAUAACAUAGUAGCUGUUGUUGGUGGACUGGAUUCUGAAAUCUCUUUUCAAGUAGCAACUAUUUUGGACAUUUAUAAGAUUCCACAGCUCAUUUAUGGCUUCGCUCCACUGAUGAACGAUAAAACUCCAGGCCUCACUUUUUACCAGAUGGUUCCCUCAGAAGCCCUUCAACAUGCAGGGAUUAUCUCACUGCUUCUGCAUUUUAAUUGGACAUGGAUUGGGAUGCUUAUCAUGGACAAUGACCAAGGGGAAAGUUUUGUACAAACUGUGAUUCCACGUUUUUCCAAAAGGGGGAUUUGUUACUCUUUCAUUGAAAGAAUCCAUGAAUUAAGUGUUUUCAGUGGAUUUGAUCAUAUGCUUCAUCAGGGAGUAAAAAUAUAUAAUGUUGUCAUGGGUAGUUCAGCUAAUGCAUUGGUUGUUUACGGGGAAUCUUUCUCUACCAUCUUUUUGAGAUGGUUCCCAUAUUUACCAAACCUCAGAGAGGUGAAAAGUAAACCAAAAGGUGUUGUGUGGAUAGUAACAGCUCAGAUGGACCUCACUUCUUCAGCCUAUCAACGCAAAUGGGGUACCGAAAUAAUCAAUGGUGCCCUCUCUUUCUCAAUGGGCUCUGCUGAUCUACCAAAGUUCAGGACAUUUCUUGAGAAACAAAAGCCUUUCAGCACUACUGAAGAUGGGUUUAUCAGACAGUUCAGGCAAAAUGUUUUUGACUGCAUAUUCCCAAAUGUUAUUAUGAGUAAUGUGCCUAAGAAUACUUGUAAUGGAACAGAGGAUCUGGAAAACCUUCCUGGGCCUCUUUUUGAAAUGAAAAUGGCAGGCAACAGUUACAGCAUCUACAAUGCUAUCUAUGCCAUAGCUCAUGCUUUACAUGCUAUCUAUUGCUCUAAACCUAUCCACAGAGCAAGAAUGGACAGAGGAGGAGGGAAAAUUCACAACCAAGAUUUCUGGAAGCUCCAUUACUUUCUGAGGGGAGUCUCUUUUAACAACAGUGCUGGGGAACAGGUUUUCUUUGAUCAGAAUGGGAUAGUAGCAGCUGGAUUUGAUGUUAUCAACUGGAUUGCUUUUCCAAACAAAUCAUUUCUUCAUGUAAAAAUUGGGAAGGUGGAUCAUUCAGCUCCUCCAGAUGAAAUAUUAACCAUAAAUGAUGAGAUCAUUACAUGGCACAACUGGUUUAACCAGGUACAACCUAUUUCUGUCUGCAGUGAGAGUUGUUAUCCGGGUUUUAGCAAGAAAGUAAAGGAAGGAGAGCCAUUUUGCUGCUAUGAUUGCAUCCCCUGCGCAGAAGGGAGGAUUUCAACUCAGGAAGACAAAAGUGAAUGUUUUAGAUGCAAAAACAAAUACUAUCCAAACAAGAGACAAGAUUUCUGUAUUCCCAAAACUGUUAGUUUCUUGUCUUAUGAAGAACCUUUAGGGAUCAGUUUAGCAUCUCUUGCACUUUCCUUGUUUUUGACCACAGUUCUUGUGCUAAGUAUAUUUAUGAGGAACCACAACACUCCCAUUGUCAUAGCCAACAACCGGGACCUGACCUACGCUCUACUCAUCUCCCUCCUGCUCUGCUUCCUUUCGGCAAUGCUAUUCAUUGGCCAACCAGGAAAAGUGACCUGUCUCCUCCGGCAAACAACUUUUGGCAUGGUCUUUUCGGUGGCCGUUUCUUCAGUCCUGGCAAAAACCAUCACAGUAGUUCUAGCAUUUAUGGCCACGAAGCCAGGAUCCAGGAUAAGGACAUGGGUGGGGAAAAAAUUAACCAAUUCCAUUGUUGCUUCUUGUUCCCUCAUCCAAGUAGGCAUUUGUACUCUGUGGCUAACAAUGGCUCCCCCAUUCCCAGAUGUUGAUAUGAUCUCAGUGACUGAAGAAAUUAUCCUGCAGUGUAACAAAGGUUCUGUGACCAUGUUUUAUUGUGUCCUUGGCUAUAUGGUUUUCCUGGCACUUAUCAGCUUCACCACAGCUUUUCUUGCCAGGAAAUUACCUGACAGUUUCAAUGAAGCCAAGUUCAUCACCUUCAGCAUGUUGGUCUUUUGCAGUGUCUGGUCAUCCUUUGUCCCAGCAUACCUGAGCUCCAAGGGGAAAUACAUGGUGGCUGUGGAGAUCUUCUCCAUCCUAGCCUCUGGUGCUGGGCUUCUGGGUUGCAUCUUUUUCCCAAAGUGUUACGUCAUUGUGUUGCAGCCAGAGUUGAAUAACAGGGUACAACUAAUCAGAAGAAAGCACUGA